AUGUCGAGAUUCUUUGCGGCGGACUCCAGCAGCGAGAGCUCAUCUGAGGAGGAGGAGCUCUACAGCGAGGGGGAGGCAGAGAAGUCCGAGGAGGAGAGCAGCAGCGAGGAAGAAGAGGAAGAGAGCGAGGAUGAGGACACGGACGAUGAAGAUACGGGCAAAACCGGCGCGGCCAAGUUCUUGAAAGGUGACGCAUCAGAUGAGGAGACGGACGAGGAAGAUAAAGUUACGAUCGUCAAGAGUGCGAAGGACAAGAGGUUCGAGGCACUAGAAGGCACGAUUAGACUCAUCGAGAAUGCCGAGAAGAUCAACGACUGGGCAGUAAUCUCUACAGAGUUCGAUAACCUCAACCGCCAAAUACCAACCCUCACCCGGGAAAGAGAUGGCAAAGUCCCGAAGCUCUACAUCAAGACCAUCGCCGACCUUGAAACGACCAUGCUCGAGACCAUGGAGAAGCAGAAGGUUUCGCCGAAGAAGAUGAACGCGGUCAAUACUCGAGGUCUUAAUGCCAUGAGGCAGAAGCUACGCAAGAUCGUGAAGGAUUACUCCAAGGAGGUUGAGGCAUACCGAGAGAACCCGGAGGCCUACAUGCGGGAAGAGAUUAUUGAAGAAGCACCUCCUGCACCAAAGAGGCCGAGGCAGCAUUUCCUCAGCGCAGCCGAGGCGAUCGAAGGAGCCGACAAUGAGGGCUUUAUUGAGGUUGAUACGAAGGGUCGGCCUGUACGCUACACGCCCGAAAGCAUUCUCAAGAACCUCCGCACGAUCAUUGAAGCCCGCGGUAGGAAAGGUACCGACCGCCUUGAAUCAAUCAGGACUAUGGAAAAGCUCCUCGACGUGGCUGCGACCGAUUACCAGAAGAUUCGCGUACUUCUGAUGCUCAUCUCAACGCGCUUCGACUUGACAUCUGGUACCGGUACCCAGAUGACUCAGGAACAAUGGAAAUUAGCCGAGCACGAAUUUGCGACGCUGUUGGAGGUACUCGAGUCAAAUGAGGAUAUCGUUGUCAUUGAAGGCGCAGAAGAGUGGGAGGACGAUGAGAAGCAACCGCAAAUACCGCCCAGCGACGACUCCGGGCCCUUCAAAAUCCCCGGCAGUAUCGCAUCGUUCAUCGAGAGGCUGGAUGAUGAGCUGACUCGCUCGCUCCAACAUAUCGAUCCCCAUACUGCGGAAUACGUCGACAGACUGAGAGAUGAGACCGCGCUGUAUACGAACAUCGUGCGCUCACAGCUGUACGUUGAAGGUCUGAGGAAGAACCCAAAGCUGGAUGCCUCACAGGAUAGCGUCAACCGAGUGCUCAUGCGCCGCCUAGAGCACAUCUACUUCAAGCCAUCACAAGUUGUCGCCAUCCUCGAAGAGAAGGCGUGGGAAACCAUCCCGGCCGAGCUCGACUCGAGCAUCAUGCCACGAAAGGAUUCUACCAAUACCGGCGCCCUUGUGCAGACUAUUUGCACGUAUCUCUUCCAGCACAGCGAGGGCAUCAUCCGGUCUCGGGCCAUGCUGUGCCAAGUCUAUUACCUCGCGCUUCACGACCAAUACUUCCGCGCACGCGACAUGAUGUUGAUGUCACAUCUUCAGGACACCAUCAACAACUUCGACGUCAACACUCAGAUCCUGUUCAACCGAACACUGGUCCAAGUCGGUCUAUGCGCUUUCCGUGCGGGCCUUGUUUAUGAGGCACAAAACUCCUUGCAAGAGAUCUGCGGUAGCAACAGGCAGAAGGAGCUCCUCGCCCAGGGCCUUCAGAUGCAGCGGUACUCCCAGAUUUCGCCAGAGCAAGAGCGAUUGGAGAGACAGCGACAGCUACCAUUCCAUAUGCAUAUUAACCUCGAGCUACUGGAAUGCGUCUACCUCACCUGCUCCAUGCUCUUGGAGAUUCCCCUGCUGGCCCAGGUUGGUUCUUCUCCGGACAUCAGGAAACGGGUCAUCAGCAAGACGUACCGCCGGCUGUUAGAAUACCAUGAGCGCCAGAUCUUCACAGGCCCACCCGAGAACACCCGCGACCACGUCAUGCAGGCUUCUAAGGCACUCGCAGCAGGCGAGUGGAAGAAGGCCGCGGACUUCAUCAACUCCAUCAAGAUCUGGGAGCUUAUGGCCGGCUCCGCCAAGAUCAAGGAGAUGCUGUCGGAGCAGAUCCAGGAGGAAGGUCUCCGCACCUACCUCUUUACUUACGCCCCAUUCUACGAUACCCUCUCCAUCAGCACCCUGGCCUCCAUGUUCGAGUUGUCGGAACGCAAGGUCUCGGCUGUCGUCAGCAAGAUGAUCAGCCAUGAGGAACUCGCUGCUGCUCUUGACCAGGUCAAUAGCGCCAUCCUCUUCAGGCGCGGCGUCGAACUCUCGAGACUCCAGAGCCUGGCCCUCACGCUCAGCGACAAGGCGAGUGGCUUGAUUGAGUCGAACGAGAAGACGCUUGAGCAGCGGACGGCGGGUACCAGCAAUGCUUUUGAGCGGGAAGGUGGUCGCGGCGGCCGUGGUGGGCGUGGAGGUGGGCGUGGAAGGGGUGGCAUGGGGAGAGGCGGACAGGGCGGGCAGAGGAGGGGUCAAGGGUUCACGGGUGGUGCGCUGGGCAGGGCUAUCCAGGCAUAG